AUGAAACGAAAAACUUAUAGUGAAGAGUUGCUGGAUCAGUGUCGGGCGGGACUUUCAUGUCUCAAACGGGACCGGCCAAACCAUUCCAACAGAGUUCCAGGAACACUCUUGCCCAAUCCAAUCGAUCUAGGAAACGACACCAGAAACAUUAUCCGCUCCAAUUUGGUAAACAAUGGAGGGCCCCGGUUUCUCAUUUUUCUCGACGCACAAGGCAAGGAGUUCAUCGAUGACAUUGCAGACAUGUGUGCACAAUUUGUUCCAUAUAUGAUAUUCAUCUCCCUGAAUAUUCAGCCGUGCUCGCUACCGAACACUGCAAUACAGGUUGCAGACACGGAAGUUUGCAAAUUCUUAGCAAAAGAACUCGGCAUUCUCGACCCCGUAGGAGGGGGAGCAUACCCACUCAACAAGCUAGUGGUGAUGGACUCGCAGGCUCUAGUCCAUUGCUUGAUACCAUUGCGUGUCAGCAAAUUCUGUGCUCCGCACCAACGGUUUGGCACUGAUUUGGCUCUGUUGCCAGGCAUUCUCGAAGAGUACAUGGAUUACUCGUGGCCAAGUGACGUCUGGGAUGCUAUGGAGGAAACACCAGAAGAUAUUCUCAUGCAGAUAUAA